AUGCUGCUGACCCCCCGGUCCCCUCCCUCACCCGUCGCAGGCAUCCAGAAGGGUCCCCGCUCCGACUUCGACAUGGCCUACGAGCGCGGCCGCAUCUCGGUGUCGCUGCAGGAGGACAGCACCGGCGCCUUGGCCGCCUUCUCCCGGUCCGUCUCGCAUGAGCCCAAGGAGCGCAAGUCUGUGACGGUGGAGGAGCAACCGUCUGGUGUCUACCACUACAACUACUGCGAGGACGAUUCGGCAACUGGGGACUGUCCCUUCGGACCCUACCAGGGCCGCCAGACCAGCGCCAUCUUUGAGGCUGCCAAGCGGGAGCUGGUCAAGCUCAUGAAGGUGGAGGACCCUUCUCUCCUCAACAACCGCGUUUUGCUCCACCACGCCAAAGCUGGAACGGUCAUUGCCCGUCAAGGGGACCAGGACGUGAGCCUCCACUUUGUGCUGUGGGGCUGCCUGCACGUGUACCAGCGGAUGAUCGACAAGGCGGAGGAUGUCUGCCUCUUCUUGACGCAGCCCGGCGAGAUGGUGGGACAGCUGGCUGUGCUCACUGGCGAGCCCCUCAUCUUCACCAUCAAGGCCAACCGCGACUGCACCUUCCUCAAGAUCUCCAAGUCAGACUUCUAUGAAAUCAUGCGGGAGCAGCCCAGCGUGGUGCUGAGUGUCGCCCACACCGUGGCCGCCCGUAUGUCACCCUUCGUGCGCCAGAUGGAUUUUGCCAUCGACUGGAUGGCGGUGGAGGCGGGCCGGGCGCUCUACAGGCAGGGUGACAAGUCAGACUGCACCUACAUCGCGCUCAACGGGCGCCUCCGCUCCGUCAUCCAGAAGGGCAGUGGCAAGAAAGAGCUCAUCGGGGAGUACGGCCGUGGAGACCUCAUUGGCGUGGUGGAAGCCCUCACCCGGCAGCCCCGUGCCACCACAGUGCACGCGGUCCGGGACACGGAGCUGGCCAAGCUGCCCGAGGGCACCUUGAACAACAUCAAGCGCAGAUACCCCCAGGUUGUCACCCGCCUCAUCCACCUCCUGAGCCAGAAGAUCUUGGGAAACCUUCAGCAGCUCCGUGGGCCCUUUGCAAGCUCUGGCUUGGGCAUGGCCUCCAGCUCGGAGCCCACCAACCCCACCAGCAACCUGUCGACGGUGGCAGUGCUGCCGGUGUGCGACGACGUGCCCACAGCUGCCUUCACGCUGGAACUCAAGCACGCGCUCAAUGCCAUCGGUCCCACGCUGCUCCUCACCAGUGACAUCAUCCGUGCCCGUCUCGGCUCUUCAGCGCUGGACAGCAUCCAGGAGUACCGCCUGUCGGGCUGGCUGGCGCAGCAGGAGGACAUCCACCGCAUCGUCUUGUACCAAACCGACUGUACCCUGACGCCGUGGACUGUGCGCUGCAUCCGUCAAGCCGACUGCAUCCUCAUCGUAGGGUUGGGCGACCAAGAGCCGGCACUGGGAGAGCUGGAGCAGAUGCUGGAGAACACGGCAGUACGUGCGCUGAAGCAGUUGGUCCUCCUACACCGCGAGGAUGGUCCCAGCCCUUCCCGCACCGUUGAGUGGCUCAACAUGCGCAGCUGGUGCUCGGGCCACCUCCACAUCAAGUGUCCCCGACGCGUCUUCUCUCGCCGUAGUCCCACCAAACUACGGGAGAUGUACGAGAAGGUGUUUGAGAAGAGCGCCGACCGGCACAGCGACUUCUCCCGGUUGGCGCGUGUCCUCACCGGCAACACCAUCGCCCUCGUCUUGGGGGGUGGUGGAGCCAGGGGUUGCUCCCACAUCGGGGUGAUCAAAGCGAUGGAGGAGUCGGGGAUCCCCAUCGACAUGGUGGGUGGCACCUCCAUCGGCUCCUUCAUCGGGGCGCUCUACGCCGAGGAGCGCAGCGCCGUCCGCACCAAGCAGCGGGCGCGCGAGUGGGCCAAGUGCAUGAAUUCGGUGUUUGAGACUGUCCUGGACCUCACCUACCCCAUCACCUCCAUGUUUUCGGGCUCAGCCUUCAACGCCAGCAUCAACAAGGUUUUCCAGGACAAGCAGAUCGAGGACCUGUGGCUGCCCUACUUCAAUGUCACAACCGACAUCACGGCCUCGGCCAUGCGGGUGCACACGGACGGCUCGCUCUGGCGGUACGUGCGAGCCAGCAUGACCCUUUCUGGGUACCUACCGCCACUCUGCGACCCCAAGGACGGCAACUUACUGAUGGACGGUGGUUACAUCAACAACCUGCCAGCCGACAUUGCCCGCAACAUGGGUGCCAAGACGGUGAUCGCCAUCGACGUGGGCAGCCAGGAUGAGACGGACCUGUGCAACUAUGGGGACAGCCUGUCUGGGUGGUGGCUUCUCUGGAAACGUCUCAACCCCUGGGCUGAAAAAGUCAAGGUGCCUGACAUGGCGGAGAUCCAGUCCCGCCUGGCCUAUGUGUCAUGCGUGCGGCAGCUGGAGGUGGUGAAGUCCAGCUCGUACUGCGAGUACAUCCGCCCCCCCAUUGACCGCUUCAAGACCAUGGAUUUUGGCAAGUUCGACGAGAUCUACGACGUGGGGUACCAGCAUGGCAAGGUGGUCUUCGACGGCUGGAGCCGGGGUGACAUCAUUGAGAAGAUGGUGAAGGACCGGCACUCGGCUGACUUCUACGAGAGCAAACGCAUGGACGUGCUCACGUGUCCCAGCGCCGGCUUCACCGACCUGGCAGAGAUCGUGUCCCGCAUCGAGCCCGCCAAGCCCUACUUGUCCGACGGAUACGCGGACGAGGAGUCCGACUACCUCACUGAGUACGAGGAUGAGGGGCCGGAGCCAGCGCGGGGCGAGGAGGACGCGUUUGCCCCCGCCGAGUGGGCCGGUGCCG